AUAAUGACCGAUUAAUAAUUUAAAAAUUUUAUUUAUUAUUUUUGUUAAUUUAAUGAUGAAAAAAAUUGUAAAAAAACAGAAAUGAAUUAUUAUACCGGAAGUACUGUGUUUUUCAAAGCAGGGAUAUAUUUUUUUUUUAAAUUAAAUUUUUUCAUGGCGUUCACUAGGAGUUGGUGACAGAUUUACUAUUGUUUACUAUGACAUUUACAACAAAAUAAACAACAAUGUGGAAUAUUUUGAGAAAACAACAAUAACCAAUAAAUAUUUUAAUAAUUAAGUUAAGUUAUAAUUGGUUUUGUUUAUUUAUUUGAUAAUAAAAAAUAAAUAAUUAUGUCGGCUUAUUCAGUGAAUAUUUCUGUUGAGGCCCCAAUUGAAAAUCAAAUUCAAGAAAUAACAUAUGAUGGACAAGAAAUUUAUCAAGCGCCAUUAACAUUGUCGGAAAAUUUGUCAAAAAUUGCCCAAAAAAUUGACUUUAGCAAGACAAAUGGUGAAGAGUCAAAAAAAAUUGGAGAACAAAAUGAAAAUGGUGAUAAAACUGAUGAAGAAUCUAAAGAUCCAGCAACUUUUCAAGCUUCCUCUUGGCCUUGGGAUAGUGUUAGAUCAAAAUUACGAAAUGCCUUGACUGAAGUAUGUGUACUAGCUGAUGUUUUAGCAAUAGCAAAAGAAAAAAGAUAUAUGGUACUUGAUCCUGUACCUCAAGAACCACCAGAAGUUAAACCAAUGGUACAAGUAUACGCUAGAAAAAAAGCUUUGUCUGGUGCAGCAAGUGUUUUAAUGAAUGGUGCUGAAAGACUACGUAAUUCACAAAAUGAACUUAUUCGUAAUCGUACAACACCUGAUUUUCAUAUUGAAUUAUUACGUCUUCGUCAAAAUUGGAGAUUAAAAAAAGUAUCAAAUUCAAUAAUUGGAGAUUUAAGUUAUCGUACAGCUGGAUCAAAAUUUACCCAAACUGGUAUGUUUGAAGUUACAAAAGCUGAAGAAGAAGAAAAACCAUCAACAAGUCCUCCAGCAUCACCAAAUCCAAAUGCACUUGUACCAACACCAUCACAUAAUACAAAAAGUUCAGCAUUACGUGUUACAAUACCAAGUGAAUUACAAGGUGUUGCUUAUAUUGAAGUAAUAUGUCGUAAAGAUCAAGAAGAUAUGUGUAGUGUUAAUAUUAAUUUACUAAAUGGUAAUUCAUCAAGUUCAAAUGUCGAUGCAAAUUGGCAACAAAAACUUGAAGCAGCACAAAAUGUAUUAUUUUGUAAAGAAUUAUUUAGUCAAUUAGCACGUGAAGCUGUACAUUUACGUGCACCAAUACCACAUAUGGUUGUUGGUAAUCAAAUAAUGGUUACAGUAUUACCAAAUAUACAAGUUAUCAUUGGUUUAUGUCAUAGUACUGGUAAUGAUAAAAAAACAACACCACCACCACCACAUAAAGAAGAUCAUGAUCAUGUACUUGAACAUUCACUUCAUCAAUUAUUACGUGAAGUACAUCAUAAAAAUACACAUCAUCCAUUUCCACAUCCAUCAUCUGGUCCAUUAGGACCAAGUAAAAGACGUUGUCUUGCUGGACCAAAUGCUGCUGAUCGUUAUGAAUUAUUAGAAAUGACUAAAAGUCAUACAUUACUUGAACAAAUAAUACAACAAGCACAACAUCAUUUUAUGAGAACAAGAACAGAAUAUGUACUUGAUACUAUUGCCAAGGAAGUUGGUGAUCCAUUAAUUGUAUCACAUUGGAAUGCACUUAAUUCACCAACACAAUCAUGUGUUAAAAUUAAUAUAUGGACAUAUGGUUAUGAUACACUACAUAGAUCAUCAUUAUUUAUUCAAGUUGGUGAAAAAACAUUAAAAUGUAUUGGACGUGAUGGUAGAGUUAUGCAUAUGAGUUAUGAACCACAAGAAUUGAGAGAUCUUAUUUUUUGUCAGAUUCAUCAAUAUCAAAUAACUGCUGUACAAGGUCUUGCUAAAUGUAUGGGUUGGCAAUUUUUAGCAAAUAGUUCAAAUCAUGGUCUUGGUGCUGUUGAACCAUUGGGCAAUGCAAGUAGUUGUAUUUUAGCUUCUCCAAUUGGUGAUAGAAUGAUUGCUGUUAGAUGUGAAUCACAAGCUGGUGGUGUUCAGGUUGCAAUUGCUCAUUCACCUCGUAAAGAUUUUUUUCCUGGUCAACUUGUCAGAGAAAGAAAGUGGGAAAAUUUAGGUGGUUCAUUUAAAGAAGUACGAUGGGAUAAAAUGGAAGGAAAAAAUUUUCUUAAUAAAAUGGAACUUCUCAUGGCAUCUCUUACUAGCUCAUAAUUAAUUCAAUUAAAGUAUAUUUUUAUUUUUUAUUUUAUUUUUAACACAAAUCAAAUUGUGAUUGUAUUAAAAAUUUAUUUCUUUAAAUAUUCAUUGGUAUAUUAAAAUAAUUUUUUUCUCAAAAGAAAAAC